UUCCAUAUUUGUGAAUGAGUUCUAACAUUACUAAAUAACUUAUACGCAAUGCUAACCAAGAGCAAAACCCUGCAAUGUGUCGUGUGAUGAUAAAUCAACUGGCAUCUUGAUUUUGUCAUUUGUUAAUGGAUGUAUUUGUUCAAUAUCCAUAAGUUAAUGGAUGUAUUUGCUCCAAAUAAAACUUCAAGUUUGUAAAUGAUCACAAGUUAGAGGUGAAGGACUCAUCUGACCUUUCAGCCCAACAAAUUAUACAAAUUCCAAGCUCGAGUGACUUUUGUCAUUCGAACAUUAAACAAUUACCAAAGAGCACCAUCGGAGACUUUUCCAACGCGUGGAUAUAUUGAUGCCAAUUGCCAAGUCUUCUGCGAGUUGCAGCUAUAAAAGAAGACCCAUUCUCUUCGUCCAUCAAAUCAAAAUAAUAUCAGAAGAAGCUUUGUGGUUAUCUAAAAAGACUUCUUAUACCACACCCCAUUUUGCAAAGCUACAACACAAUUCUUUCACUCAUCAGUCACCAAUUCUGAGCUCGACCCAUUUCAAUGGAUUCAUCUUGGCUUAAAGGGUUGCUCUCCAUUUUCUCAGAAACCUUCAAAACCAUCCCCAAAAAUCCAACCUUGAUCACAUGGGUCGCCAUUGCCAUCCUCAUCUUCAACUCCUUGAUCUACUUCGUCACCCUCGGGUUCUUCAGGCUAUUGGUCAACUCCUUCGAGAGCAUGGCCGCCGACCCUACCAACCUCGACAAAAUCUUUAGCUCCUUGGCAUCCAUCAUCACCUACGAGCUAAUCAUGGCGCUCAUCAUCUCACUCUCGUCCCUCUUCGUAGCUGCAUCCACAAUCUUUGCUUCAUCCAUGGUGAUCGGAGGAAAGACCACCACGACAGUCAAAGGCGUGUUUUCGAGGGUAAUAAGGUCUUGGAAAGGACCUUUGGUGACUUGGGUUUACAUGGCCCUUUUCCUCUUGGGAUACAUGUGUGUACUGUUUGCGAUUAUGUACCCUUUCACCCUCGUACUCUUGUCUUCUCCACGAGUUUUGUUGGUCACAAUGUACAUUUUUGUGGGUUUGGGGUCGGUUUUGGGGUCUUACUUGCUAGUGGAUUUGAGUUUGGGCAUUGUGGGAUCGGUUGUGGAGCAAGGGAUCUAUGGCCUUGAAGCGAUUGGAAAGGCGGCCAGGAUUGUCAAAGGGAUGAAGCUACAUGGGUUCGUUGUGAAUUUGGUGUUUGGGUUGGUGGGUUGGGGUUUCAUGAAGUGCUUGGUUUGGGUUGGGUUCCGGUUGCCCGGGGCCGGUCAAGUGGUUUCUCCAACCGGUUUGGCUGGUCUCGGGUGGCCGACCGCCGGCCAGAUUCUCGCAGGAUUGGUUGUGGCCAACUGCUUUUGUUUGUUGAAGAUGUUGUGGUGGGUGGCUUACAGUGUUAUGUUCUAUGAGGGUGUGAAGAGACAUGGUGAAGAGGUUGCUCAGUUGGAGGAGGAUGUGGAGGAGUACACUAAACUCUCCGUGACUAUGGUUUAAUGUUAGUUGUUUCGUUGUUCGUGUGUCUAAUAUACGUUGAGAGUGUUUCGUAGAUAGUAAAUUCGAGUUACAGGUUUAUUUGGUCAAAAUGCUAGUUUGAGAAGUUAUAUGUAAAUCUUUUAUUGAGAGAAUAAGAAAGUUUGAUGGUUGCACAGAUCAUUAAAUGAGUUUUAGGUUAUAUAUGUCUUAUAAAUAUGUUAUAGUUAUGAUGAAGUAUAAUCCUAAUCAUAUAGUUUAUCAAGAAAACUUAUACAAAUAGGACCUCAAUAUAUGACUAGUACUUUUCAAUAUGGAUUAUAUUCUCUACAAGGAAAAUUUUCCUUCUCUAACUCCAGCAAAGAAGGGUCCUAAGGAAACAUGCCAAAAUGUUUGUGUAGGAAUAUAAAUCAAUAUUAUCUUUGUCAUUUGAUGCACAAACGCAAGUCGUAUAUGGGAUGUCCAAACUUUGUCAGUUUUCACAUUAACUAAGGAUAAACAUAUAUCAUUAAGAGAACCUAUUUCCGUUAAUAAUGUCCUAGUGUUUAAAAUCUCAAACUAGAAACUCCCCCUUAAAUUUAAGGAAUGUUUAUGAAUUAGAAUCUUACAAGUAUGAUUUUAUCUUUUAACGAAAAGUUUUAUCCAUUUAAUCGAGCUCAAAGUCAUAAAUCAAAGAAAGAACUAAAAUAGUACACUCACCUUCAUCUAAAAUCGAGCAUUCAAGAAGCGCUCGUAAUACCUUUUAUGUUAGGCAAAUAAUGAAACAUGCUUUAGUUUUUUAAUUUUUUUAUUGACACGAGGUCGAUAUAUCAAUUGUCAUUAUUACAAGUGAUCCAAUAAAACAAUAAACCAGCACACAACGAGACUUUCAUACUAAAGUCAGAAUUAAAUUUGCAAUGAUAAAAACUACGAGACAACCAAUCACCAAGUCGUCCAUGAAACCGUACCGUAUCGGUGGUUUAACCACGAAAUACCAAUAUUGAAGGCUAAACCGGUAGACAGUAUUUAACGGUGCAAUGGUUGAAUUACAGUUAAAGCACGGUUUUACCAUAAAAUACCCUACCGAUAACUUUCCCGGUACGGUUUCAUGGACCAUGCCUUUUUUUUUUGACAAAAGAUAAUCUUAUAUUGAUUGAUAGAAGAAAGUUACACCCUAGAAUUCAGCCAGGUCUGAAAAUAAAAAAAAACGAGACAAAGUCGGGUACAAAGAAAGGGCCUUUCUAGCUACCACAUGAGCUACCCUAUUAUAACUCCGACCUAUGAAUCGAACACUAAACUCUGGAUGGGCAGCAAAACACUGUACUACUUCAUCGAACAGCCCCCAUCUGGUUAUCACUGGUAUCUCCUUGCCUGAUCUUAUCAGUAAUCACCUUGGCAUCACCCUCAAAUCGGACCACCGCGAAACCAUGCUCCACGCACCACAACAGUGCCUCUCGAAGGACUAGCAGUUCCACCAUCGCAGAGUCAUCAAUUUCCGGAAACUGAACACCUUUAGUCAUUAAGAUCUCCCGAGCCGGAUUCAAAAGUACCAUCCCCCCUACCGCAUGAGAUUCACUCCUCGUAGCCCCAUCUCACAUACAAACAACCAUGCCAGGAUCGACUGGCUCCAGCUGAUGUACCAUUGGGCGCAAGGCCAGGUGACCCUGACUUCUCGACAACCUUAUCCAUUCCUCAUACUGCUAGUUAAACUGGCGCAUAAGAGUCGGGAUUCCAUACUGUUUGCCUUCAAAGACAACCUAGUUCCGAGACCGCCAGAUUCGCCAAAGGACGGCUACGACCGCCAUGACCAGAUCUGGCUGAUGAAUUAAGGACUACAUCCUUUUAAGGAAUAAAGGAAAAGUUUGACGAGGCAACCCCUCACUAAGGUACUCCAACCCAGAAUAAUCCCAAAGAGCGCGGGCCACCAGACAAUAGAGGAACAAAUGUUCCAUUGUUUC